AUGAAGCUUUCACCAUUGUCUAAUAGAUUUAAUCAAAUUAGACGGUUUUCUCACGGAUUUGAUUUUGAUGUGAUUGUGAUAGGAGGUGGUCAUGCUGGCUGUGAAGGAGCUGCUGCUGCAGCUCGAACGGGAGCCAAGACCCUUUUGUUAACGCAUAAUGCUUCAACUAUUGGAGAAAUGAGUUGUAACCCUAGCUUUGGUGGAAUCGGAAAAGGACACUUACUCAGGGAAAUAGAUGCUUUGGACGGAGUAUGUAGUAGGAUAUGCGAUAAAUCAGCCAUCACUUAUCAAGCUCUCAACCGUGGACAGGGACCGGCCGUACUAGGCUUGAGGGCUCAAAUUGAUAGGUCAAUAUACAAAAGAGAAAUGCAAAAGGAAAUGAAUAAUACAAGGAACUUGGAAAUAAUGGAAGGAAGUGUCGAAGAGCUAAUUCUUCGGAAUCAUAAUGAUGAUAUAUGUGUUGAUGGCGUUGUCUUAUCAGAUGACAAGAAGAUCAGAUCAAAAACUGUUCUCAUCACGACAGGUACAUUCUUAGGAGGGGAGAUAUUCUUGGGACCUGAAAGAUGGAAAGCAGGAAGAAUAGGAGAGCAGAGUGCUCAGGGUCUUUCGAAAGCUUUCAAAGGUAUUGGUUUCCGACUAGGAAGGUUACGGACUGGUACACCUCCUAGAAUCUUUAGAAACACCAUUGACUUCUCUCAGUUUGAGCUAAUGCCUCCUGAUACUGUUUCCAUCCCGUUUUCUUUCAUGACUAAAGAAGUUUGGUUAUCUCCAGCAGAUCAACUUCCAACUUACCUUGGAGAAACAAAUGAAACAGUACGGAAAGUGGUUUUACGAAACUUACACGAGAAUGAGCAUGUUGCGAGUGAAACCUCAGGGCCACGCUACUGUCCUUCUUUAGAAUCGAAAGUUAUACGCUUUCCUGAAUUAAAGCAUAGGACUUUCUUGGAACACGAAGGGUUGGAUUCGAAUCUGAUAUACCCUCAAGGCAUGUCGAUGACUUUCAAGCCAGAAGUCCAACUUGAAAUCAUGAGGUGUAUAAAAGGACUAGAAAAAGUUGAAAUAGCUCAACCAGGAUAUGGCGUGCAGUACGAUUUCGUGGAUCCGAAGCAGCUCAAACCCACCUUAGAAACUAAAAAGGUGAAAGGACUUUUCUUAGCAGGUCAAAUCAACGGAACCACCGGCUACGAAGAAGCUGCUGCACAAGGAAUACUCGCUGGAAUCAAUGCUGGGUUACUCAGUAAAGAAGAAGAAGCAUUGAUCAUCAAGAGGACCGAAGCGUAUAUCGGUGUUUUGGUGGACGACUUGACAAGUUUAGGAACCAACGAGCCCUAUCGAAUGUUCACUUCUCGAGCGGAAUGUAGAUUACAUUUACGACCUGAUAACGCCGACUUACGGCUCACGCCCGCUGGUAGAAAACAUGGAGUUGUGAGUGAUCAAAGAUGGAGCGUGUUCUCGGAGCAGAAAAAUGGAAUGGAUACAGCUACUUCCUUAUUAACUGAUGUGAAGAUGAGCAUCGCAAAAUGGUCGAGAUUACUACCACAACUCAAGAGUAGGAACGCUUCUAAAGUGCUGAAUGGGUACGAGUUGAUUUACCGCCAUAAUAUAAGUAUAGAAGAGCUCAAGACAGCUCUGCCAGACCAGUUGGCAGUCCUAACUGGUGAUUUGAAAGCACUGACAGCGAGACUUAGCAACGAAGGUAGCUACUCUUUGGAUCACAAGCGGAUGCAAGAUAAGAUAGCUGAAAUCAAUCGCGAAUCAGAGCUAGGAGUGCCCGAAGAUAUAGAUUUUAGUAGAAUUAAAGGCUUAAGUAUGGAAUGUAUAGAAAAACUAGACAGAGCUCGCCCUCUGAACUUAGCUGCAGCAUCGAGAAUACCUGGCGUGACCCCAGAAGCUAUUGUUGUUUUAUUGAGGUUUUUGAAAAAAACUGCUUGA